AGGCCGUGAAGAGGGUCUUCAAGUGGCUUCAGUUUGAGACAGUUGAGCACAUGGAUCUAGAAGCAAAGCAAAUGUAUGCGAAAGUUAAAGAAUACAGCAAAAAAGAUCACAGUAACAUGGACUGUUUUGUUUGCUUCAUUUUUUCCCAUGGUGAAAAAGACAAAAUAAAAGGGGUUGAUCGUAAUUUCGUAAAUAUUAAAGAUUUACUCUCCUGCUUCAGUGGAUCUAAUUGUCCUUCUCUUGCUGGCAAACCCAAGCUGUUUUUCAUCCAGGCUUGCCAAGGCUCUGUAGGUCAUCCAGCUGUCACAGUAAAAGAAGAUUUUUCUGACCAUCUUGAGAUGGAUGCCACCCCUCUGACUUCCAUUCCUGAUCAGGCUGAUACUCUGGUUGGCAUGGCUACAGUGGAAGACUAUGAGUGCUACCGCUGUACAGAGACUGGCAGUGUUUACAUUCAGUGCCUCUGUGACAAGAUGGAGUUGCUUUGCCCACUCAACAAGGAUCUUAUAACUAUCCUGACAGAGGUGAACAAGGAAGUGGGAGAACGAGUAUUAAAUGGAUGGAAGCAGAUGCCAAAGAUAACAUCAACCCUACGAAAGCAAUUGAUCUUCCAAAUGCCACAAUGUCAGUCAUCUGAAAAGCAGAAAAAUAAGAAUACACUCAGUUAG